CGGCAACGUGAUCCAUUUUCAUUGGUUACUGUAAAUCUUCUUUCACUUUCAGUUUGGUUUUGGUAGUGUCAUAUAACAUUAUAAGCAUAGCAAACUUACUGAACUUUAGAAAUGGCUCUUGCUUGUCAACAAAAUAGUUAUUGCAAGGAGUUUCAGACGAAAGUGAAAAGCUGUACUCCUGCAGAAUUGGCAGUACCUGGAAAAAGUAAGAAGGACAAGUUACGGGGCUAUGAAGUGAUCCUCGAGGACACCAUAUUGUUCCCGGAGGGUGGAGGACAGCCAGAUGAUAGAGGAAUGAUCAACGAUGUAGAAGUUUUACGCAUCACAAGGCGUGGUGCUGAUUCUGUAAAUUUUGUCACCAAGGAGAUACAGCCAGGGUCAGAAGUUAAUCUCAAAGUAGACUGGAACAGGAGGUUUGACCACAUGCAGCAACAUACAGGACAGCAUUUGAUCACAGCAAUAGCGGAAAAAAUGUAUGGCUGCCCAACAACUUCAUGGUGUCUGGGUGAAAACAUAUCCUCCAUUGAGCUGGACAUUCCGUCCCUGACUGACCAGCAGGUAGAAGAUCUGGAAAAUGAGGUCAACGAGAGAAUCCUGGCCAACAUUCCUGUCACACCUCAUCUGUACCAUGACAAAGACGACCCAGAACUCAAACAGUUUCGUUGCCGAGGACUACCAGACGACCACGUUGGACCUGUCCGCGUUCUCAUUAUAGAUGGAAUAGAUUCAACUCUCUGCUGCGGAACUCAUGUCUCUAAUCUCUCUCACCUACAGAUGAUAAAAUUGUUGUGGACGGAAAAAGGCAAGAAAAAGGACAGAAUCAAUCUGAUGUUUGUGGCAGGCGGUCGUGUGCUUCGGUACUUAGGUCGAUGUGUCAAAGUUGAAAGGUCACUCACAACAUUGCUUAAGGGACCUCUUGAUGAUCACUAUGAACUAGCAGAUAAGGCUGUGAAAGGAUGCAAGAUGAAUCAGAAGUAUGUUACAUCACUUUUACGAGAUCUUGCUGUAUUCGAGGGUCAAAAGUUCAAAGCUGACAGUAAUUCUUUCCUCAGUCUUCACAGGAAGGAGGGAGACUUGGAGUUUAUGAACAUCAUUGUCCAGCAAGUGGCCAAUCCUGAGAAGAUCUGCUUCUUGACAGUCGGGGAUGAGAAAGGUGCGGGCCUGUUCUUACUAUCAGGGCCAGAGAUUUUCAUCAAGGAGGUUGGACCAAAGGUGGCAGAGAUUCUCAGUGGAAAGGGUUCCAUUAACAGAGGGAAUUACCAAGGGAAGGCCAAUAAACUGUCACAGAAAGGGAAGGCUGAAAAGUUAAUCCAGGAAACUUUGUCCUCAAAAGAUAGUGAGGUGAAGGGUCAGGACAACAGUACUCAGGAGAAAGAACCUUAAUAAAAGCCCAGACUUUUACACAUCAAAACACCAUUGUUACUUAUCUGUAUAUCAUUUACAUGUUUGUUGAUUUCUAUCAAAUCUGUUUCAGAAAGAGAAGUUUUUAUACAAAAUGUUUUUCUUGUUGUGUCCAUUUUUAUAAAUGUGUGCAUUUUAAGCUGAAUUUUAAGCUGGAUUAUAAAACUUUGAUAAAACAUAUUUUAUCGUCUUGCUCUAAUCUGAAAUUUUUGGAAAUACAUUGGAUUACAGAUGCAAAGUUGUUUGGCAGUUUCUUUUGUUUAAAUAUAUACAAUAUAAGUUUAUUUUUGGAAAGUCAAAAGGAAAAUGGUACUGGAGUAAAGGAGUAUAUUCAGUGAACAUGUAUCAAAUAAUAUAUCAUUGAAACUUUUGUAAUUUCCAACUGAUAUAAUAUCAAAGUUAUUAUUUAUUGGAGUUUUUUGAAAGGAGAUAUUUCUAAGCUUUGUUCCUCUUAUCCCUUCACUCGAUAUAAAGUGUACUAUAUAACUAAACAAGAUCAUGAGCGGAAAGGGGGGGGUCCAGCAGACCCCCUCCCUUCCUGCUAAAUUUACAUUUCUUUAAAUUUGCAUUGUAAAUUCACCAAAAAUAUGCCUCGGAACCCCCCACUGCCCCAGCAAACGCAGAAAACCGUCAGAUCCCCCCGGAAACAUUUUCUGGAUCCGCGCAUGAAGAUCCUUAUGUGACAAAAUGAGAAAGGGAUCUAAAACUGUUUUGUUUUCAAGAAAAGAAAGACAACUCUUGCAAAGGAUUAAGUGAUUAGUCUAUGUAGAUGUAGUUCAUUGAGAAGAGUGACUUAGAGUCGAUAUCUUAGUAUCAAAUAAUAUUUUAACGCGAAAAAUUUAUUGUAAACACAUUGCUGUAAACCUUCCGUUAGUAUAUACGUCACUGAAUAUAUCGAUGAAAUUGGACUUUUAAUAUUUUUGGUAUUAGUACCAAUUUCAUUGCUCCCAAAGGGAACGUCCUUCCGUGCAUAGAAGAGAUUUUCUGUCGGAUCAAUUUCGUCCGUCACAUUUUGUACAUUCUCCCCACUCAACAUUAAUCAAAAUUUUGGGAAUUGGGAAUUUUUGGCCUAUAUUGAAUAUUAAUAUAGUUUAUAAACGUAAUUUAAGUUUUCUUAAACCAUUGAUGUAUAGAGCGGUGCGUAUAAGAAACUCCAUUGACCUGGGGAGAUGUACUGCAUAGGAAUUCGGGAAACUUCAUAGAUAAUUCGGAAAUAAUGUGUGUAUAUAUAUGUGCAUUUUACCAGAAAUUCCUAGCUGCAAUAAUGUAGCCCUCCCAAUUUUUUUUUUUUUGGGGGGGGGGG